AUGAAAAAGUAAUCUUCACAUCAUUCUAAGACUGAGCCUUCAAUUCGCAAGUCUAAUAAAACACCCACAAGUCCCAUAAUCAAUCUUAAGGCUGACGAUUAAUUGACACAAAGUCAAAUUAACUAUGACUUUCUAAAAACAUAAUAAUCGUUUCGCAGUUCUGCAAGUCCAUAGGCUUAGAAUUCAUCUCUAAGUUCUAAAGCAACAUACUCUGCAAAGACUCUAAUGUAAAAUAACUAAAAAAAAUAAAUGCAGAUCUUAUCAAAAUAGAGAAUGUAAAAUAUGCAUGAACGUUCAAUAAUAAAAGUGAUGGGUCUGAAUAUGGAGGCUAUUUGUCACAGGAGAAAUCAUGAAAACAAUAAAAUGUUAUACUUUUGUCAAUACUCCGAUUGCAAGGCUGAUAGUAGAAUAGGUUGUUCAUAUUGUUUAGUAGAAUAGCAUAGUGAUCAUUCCACACAGAUAAUGGAAGUGUAGACAUUCUGUAAAUUAUUCGAUGAUAAAAAAAAACAAUUUAUGAACUUAAGUGAAUCUAUCCUCAAGCCACCUGAUAAAACACCAGAAAUCAAAUUUUAUUUUGAUUAACUAAAACAGUAUCUGUUAGAUCGUUUGGUUUUUAUAGAAAAGAAUGUUUUAUAAUCAAUGAACUAGUAAUUAGAAUGGAAUCAACUAGAAAAAGAAUUAUUAAAUCAAAUAAUUAGUUUAGGUUCUAAGAAUAUAUAUGAAAUGUCUUAAGACGAAUUAAAGGAGAGUUUAGAUUUUAUCUAAGGAAAACACCUUUAAGAGUUAGAAUAGAUGAAAUAAGAAACAAACCAUUAUUUGGGUUAAAAAAUAAGUUAAGUUGAAAAAGCAUGGAAUGAAUAUAAAAAAUAAUUAGAAGUUGAUCUCAGUCAUCUUUUAGAUGAAAAUAAUAAAUUAGUAUUCUUAGAUCCUCAAAGUAAAGAAUUCCUAGAAUACAAAUUAAAUUUUUAUGAAUAAAAGGAAAAGAAAGUUAAAGAAAUGCGAUAGCCCUAUUUUACAUAAUUAGAAGUAAUUAAGGAGGAAGAGUAAUAUUAAUAGGAGACCUUGAAAAAGAUAAUGAGUCUAUAGAAUUCAGAUUUUAAUUUAAAAGAUGAAGAAAAUAAGAAGGAAAAGGACAAAGUCACCAAGGCUGAAUAAUUCUUAAAACAAUAAAAAUAUAUAAAAUAACGUGAAAAAGAGAGGGAAAAAGAGAGAGAAAAAGAGAGAGAAAGAGAGAAACUACUUUUGACAUUUCCAUAUAAAAUAUACACAGAAGAAUGUGGUCACAGAGUUUAAUGUAAUACAAUUCCCAUCUUUGGAUGUUGUAACAAAGCCUAUCCAUGUGCUAAAUGUCAUGGGAAUAUUGCUCAUCCUGCAAGGAUUCAAGUGCCUAGCUAUAGGUAUUGUAUGAAAUGUCUUGAAAUCUAUCUUGUAAUGUAUCCCACUAAUUAUUCUGUGAAUUGUCUGAAAUGUUAAAAAUGA